UCGGACUUUUAGACAAAACAGUCUUCAGUUCAUUAUCAUAGUGCAAACAUGUGGCUUCAAAAAACAUUCGUUCGAUUACAAAUUGCGGUUUUCGCGUUUUUCUGCAUCCAACUUCAAUCCACGUUGACAUCAUCCACGAAUGAUGAUGUCGAAUAUCCACCACUACGUCUGCCCAACACUACUUUCCCCACAAAAUACCAUCUGCACAUCACUACGCAUAUUCAUCUUGAUAUUCUACGAUAUACCGGAAAUGUCACCAUUGAUCUUGGCGUCAAUAACACAACUGACGAAAUUGUCCUCCAUGCCAAAGAUUUCGAAGAUGUCAUUGUGAAUCUCAUAGAUUUAAACAACAAUCAGUUAUUCUCGAAUGUCCCGUAUAGGACCGAAAAUUUGACAAGUUUUCUGAUAAUAUCUUCACCAAUCGAACUGAAAACGGGUCAAAAGUAUCGUUUGGAGAUACUUUUUCUGGGAGGUAUCCGGCUGAAGCAUUUUGGAUUUUAUAGAACAACCUAUUCGGACGAGCUGAACAAUAUUAUACCUCUUGCUUCAACACAAUUUGAGCCGACAAGUGCUCGAUUGGCUUUUCCUUGUUUCGAUGAACCAGCUUUCAAGGCUAAAUUCAAAAUUAGCGUAACGCACGGCAAUAACUAUACGGCGUUGUCAAAUAUGCCCAUAGAAGGAACACCCAUCUUAAAUUCUGAUGGUGCAAUGGCAACCACAACCUUCCAAGAAACCCCAAUUAUGUCGACUUAUUUAAUUGCAUUUGUUGUCUCCAACUAUGAACAUAUCAGUGAGCUUGUGAAUGGUAUUGAGCACAGGGUGUUUUUUCCCCCACACUCAUCAAAAGACCAUGGAAAGAAAGCACUCAAAAAUGCCAUCGCAUCUGUUACGGCCCUGGAGAAUUAUCUUGGCAUCAAGUAUCCAUUGCCAAAGUUAGACCAUUUCCCUUUGGACAAAACAUAUGGUCUAGCAAUGGAAAAUUGGGGAAUUAUAACGUACAACAAAAGGAACUUAAUCUCAAGCACAGAUGGAGCUGCUAGUCUUGCCACAAUCAAAAUGACUGGAGUUCAAAAUCAUGAAAUUGCACAUCAAUGGUUUGGUAAUUUGGUUUCUCCCAAAUGGUGGACAUAUGCAUGGCUUAAUGAGGGAUUCGCUACGUAUUUUGGCUACAUUACAACCGAGUUGGUACAUCCCGAAUGGAAAGUAAAAGAAUAUUUUAUACAAAAGGAGGUAAAUACAAUUAUGCAAUGGCCAGUAACUCAUUCCAUGACGAAGUAUGUGGAGAAGGAAGCCGAUAUUAAAGCCACUUUUGACAUAGUUUGCUAUCAGAAAUCUGCCAGUGUCAUAAAGAUGUUUCACCAUGCAAUUGGUCUCAAGACAUUCAUCAAAGGAGUUGCUUUGUUUCUAACUACCUUUAAAUAUUCUGUAGCAGAUGAAGAUGACUUGUUUGGAGCUCUUCAAACCGCCAUCGAUGAGGACGAUCAGAAUAUAUUCUACAAAAAUUCCCAGGGAAUCGCGUCCAUAAUGCGUGCAUGGACCCUUAACCAAGGAAUACCUAUGAUAACAGUUAUACGAAACUAUGAAAACGGAACGAUAACAUUUCGCCAAAGAUCUAACAGCAGGCAGCUAGACGAACAAUGGUCAAUUCCGUUGAGUUUUGCAACAGCUUCCAACCCCGAUUUUGAUCAUACCGAAACGAACUACAUUCUGCCACCUCAUAAGGAACUAACUGUCAGCCUUGAGGAUAUCAGGUUGAAUAUUUCGAAUAAUGAGUGGUUGAUAGUUAACAAACAACAGACGGGAGUAUUCUUUGUGAAUUAUGAUGACCGUAAUUUGGGCUUGAUAGCGGAGGCUCUCAACACCGAUUACCAGAAGAUUCAUAUGCUCAACCGAGCAUUGCUGUUCCGGGAUCUAGCUGAGUUCAUAGACAAGGACGUUGCCGAUAUGAAUCCGGUACUUGCAGCACUGCAAUAUCUGAAGUACGAGCAAGAAUUCAUGCCGUGGAAUAGUGCGUGUGAUCUGAUUUUGGAUUUGGUAACCAAACUGCAUGGAAGCACUGCCCUUGAAACGUUUAAGGACUUUGUGCGUGACACAGUUGGUGACGUUUUUCACAGAGUCCAUUUGUCUAUAGAUACGGACUUAUAUUCGGCAACCACCGAAAAGAUUCUCGAAGUUGCUUGCACCGUUGAUCUACCUGAAUGUCUCGAGUACACCAAAAAUUUGGCCAAGGACCUCUUCUUCAAUGGGCAGGAAAUAAACAACAGUGCACGAGAUACUAUAUUGUGCCAGGGUAUCAAGCACAGUACUACUGACGAAUUUCAACAACUCUUGGCCAAAAUGGUUUCACCUAAUACAAGCUCGGAUACAUAUGACGACAUCAUUUAUACCAUUCGUUGCAUAGAAUCCACGGAGAACAUCAAAUACUUCCUCGACUUCUUGCUGGGAGAGAACUCAACAUUUGAUGCUAUGAGCGAAUUUGAGAAAAUGCAAUACGUUUCGUUUCUGUACAAUUCGAAUUACAUUUCAAGGCCAGUUAUAAUGCAUUUCAUGCUAGAAAACUACAAAAGCUUGUUUAAAACUUCAAGCGUUGUCGAGUAUUCACUGACUCGUAUCGCAAACUUCGUCUCUGAAGAUAAUGGACAAAAAGAUGAGUUUCUCAUGCUUUUGGCGAAUAUUAAAGAAUAUUUCCUAGAAACAGCCAAAAUUGAAGAUUUGAAAAUCGGAUCGAGGGUUAAGCAAAACGAACAUUUUAGGCGAAAACACGAGAAAACAAUUUAUGCAUGGACUAAUGAACGAGAACGAAUGGCAGAACUAAGGGCGAAUAGUGCUGGAAGCUCUAAGAUAAGAUCGAGUCUUACUGCAUCAGCACGGUAUAUUGUGGCAGCUGGAUUUUUGAGUAAUUUAGUUAAUUUUGUGUCUAUUAAGACAACAAGUGGCCUAACAGAAGAAGCGAAUGUCACAAAGGGUGUUCCACAGGGUGAUCCAUCAAGUGCCCUCCUAUUUAACUUAUAUUAUAUAAAUGAUUUGGAAGAAUUCUUAAGAAUCGAGGGCCUUACAGGAAUAGACAUUUCGGAAACAACAAAUGUUAUCCUGAUAGCAUAUGCCGACGAUAUUGCUGUCUUCGCUCAAUCUGAGCUUCAUUUAAGAAAAACUCUGAAAUCACUUGAAAAAUAUUUUAUAGCAAAAGAUAUGACAUUAAAUACUGAAAAAUCGAAAAUAUCAAACACGAAUGUGCAAUAUCGUUGUAAUGAUUGCAUUAGUUUGCCUAUUGUGCGCUUGCUCUCUAAAGUCAAUGAACUUUUCCCGGUUAUCGAUGCAUUAUGCAAAAAAGUUGAUCUUCUGGACUCUAGUUUAAAUGAUAUAAACAACAAUAUAGGCAGUCAAAAAGGAAAAAACGAAACUCAUGCUGUUGUUGUAAAUGAAAUGGACAAUCAUAAUGUGCCUAACCCUAUUGAUAAUGAUAGUGUGCAGGUGCAUCAGGCUAGUGAAGACGAUGUUUAUGCUACUGCUUCUGCUGCUGAGGUAUCGAAUGCAGAAUGGAAGACAAAAGGGAAACGAAAUAAAUAUGCCCCCCACUCGUCUGGUUCUGUUUCUAAUAAAGCUGUCGUUGCGGUAGGCGAAAGUAAAAAGGUUGUUGAUGAAAGGCGCGCUGAUGAUGGAAAUGCUGUUGCUUCUAACACUGAUGUUGCUUUUGAUGCUAGUGUAACUGCUGGUGUUGUUGUUGUGGAGGGAAAAAAAUCUCUUGACUCUGAUGGUGUCGUUGCUGCUACUGUAGUCGGUGUUCAUACUGGUGGUGUUGUUGCUAAUACUAUGCAGCAAAGAAAGGAACUAAAUGUCAAAACAAUUCGUGUUGUUGGUACAGAUUGUAUUGAUGAUACAAAUGCUGAGAUUGAUGUGAUAAAUCCUUAUAAAUGGUUACAUAUUUCAAAAUUCAGUGCUUUAACUAGCGAAGAAUCAAUUAAGAAGUAUGUGGCUGCAAAAAUAAAUUGCGAUAAAGGUGAAAUAAAAUGUUUUAAGCUGGUGAAACAAGAUACGAAUGUAAAUGAUUUGGCGUAUGUUACAUUUAAAAUUGGAUUUCCUGUUCAUUUAUUUGAUGUUGCCCUAAAUCCAUUGAACUGGCCGAAGAAUGUGUUGUUCGUCGCACAAACGUUAGGUUUUCAAUUUGAGUUUUGUUUUUCUGCCGCAAACAUGGCUCAACUGCAGCUAAUUACAAUUGCUGUAAUUCUCCUAGCUGUUGGAGGAAUUGUUCAAACCUCAAGGAUUCCACCGCUUUUCCAGAACCAUCAUGCAUCACUUUGGGAGGAUAUUCAAAGUAUUGAGAGCAAGGCUGACGAACCCGAUUACCGGUUACCCAACAGUACCUCUCCGAAUUACUACUACGUUAAAUUGACAACGAAUGUUCAUAAAGGAGAUAAGGACUUUAAAGGAGAAGUCACUAUCAAUAUUACAGUGAAUAAAACAGCCAACGCCAAGGACAUAGUAAUUCACGCUCGGCAGCUGACCGAUUUUGAUGCAACCCUUAUUGAUGAAGCUGGUUCAACAAAGAAACUCACCACUUCUUAUGAAUCGGCUACUGAAUUUCUGACCCUUACACCAGAAGAUAAGUCAACAUUGGCUAAGGGAAAAACCUACAACGUCGUUAUCAAGUACAAUGGAAAGUUGCGCGAGGACAAUGGUGGUUUUUACUUAUCUACUUAUACUAAUUCCGCUGGAAAUAUUGUAAACCUGGCAACUACACAAUUCGAGAGUACCGAUGCCCGUCAUGCCUUCCCAUGCUACGACGAGCCUGCCAAGAGGGCCAACUUCACCAUCGAAAUCAAUCACGAUCGCUCACUAAAUGCCAUUUCAAAUAUGCCAGUAGACACCGUGCUCUCAAAACCUGGCAAAACCAUUUUCGAACAAACUCCCAAGAUGCCAACCUAUUUAGUUGCAUUUGUCGUCUCGGACUUUGAGACCACUUCUGGCAGUUUAAACCAAUUGACCCAGAGAAUCUUCUCUCGCAAAGGAACCCAAGCCGAUCAGGAAUUUGCUCUUUUCGCUGGAAUUCAAAUUACAGCACGUUUAGCUGACUACUAUGAUGUUCCAUUCACUCUUCCAAAACUGGACCAAGUUGCUGUGCCUGAUUUCGCUGCUGGUGCCAUGGAGAACUGGGGUAUUGCUACUUAUCGCGAGGAAUAUCUUUUGUAUAACCCUAAGAAAUCGACAUUGAAUACUCAGACUAAUAUUGCAAAUAUUAUUGCCCAUGAGUACACUCACAUGUGGUUUGGAGAUUUGGUUACUCCAAAAUGGUGGACCUAUUUAUGGUUGAAGGAAGGUUUUGCAACAUUGUACUCAUACCAAGCUGCUGAUGAGGUCUAUCCAGAAUGGGACAUUAUGCAAAUGUUUAUUGUUAGUGAAUUCCAAAAAGGUCUCUCCUACGAUGGUGGUGCCAACCCACGCCCAAUGUCCCACUACGUCCAGAAACCCAGUGAAAUCCGCUCGCUUUACGAUUCUGUGUCAUAUUCCAAAGCUGGUGCCGUUUUGUACAUGUGGGAACAAGCUCUUACUGAUGAAGUUUUCCGAGCUGGUCUUAACAAUUACUUGAAAAAACAUGAAUUCACUGCAGCUGAAGAAGAUGAUCUUUUCAAUGCAAUUGCUACAGCGGCUAAGCAGCUCAACCACAUCGUUCCUGACACUAUCAAUAAAAUGAUGAAAACUUGGACCAAUCAAGGUGGAGUUCCACUGGUGACCGUAACACGAAACUAUGAAAAUGGAUCCGUCAACAUCACCCAAAAUGCAUUCCAUACCGAUUCUAAGUUGCAAGACAAUAAGCUCUGGUACAUUCCCAUGAACUACGCCACCAAAAACAGAUCCGACUUCCGUAAUACCACCGCUGAAUUUUACCUCAAGGAUCGGUCAGUUGUUAUCAAACCCGAGAACGUUACCUCAAGUGACUGGUUCAUUUUAAACAAACAGUCCACCGGAUACUAUCGCGUAAAUUACGAUGAAAAGAACUGGGAUCUUAUCACAGAUAGCUUGAUUGUGAACCCCUUUAAAAUUCACACUCUUAAUAGGGCUUCGCUGUUGUACGAUGCCUACAGUCUUAGUUCAAGCUCCCAUUUGAAACAUGAGGUUAUCUUGCGCAUGACCUUGUACCUUAAGAACGAAGACCAAUAUGCACCAUGGUCGACAGCCAAUACAAUCUUGACUGUUUUCAAUAGGUUCCUCAGUGGCGACAAGGAAUACCCGGUCUUCAGGGUCUAUGUUGCCGAUGUUGUUGGAAAUAUUUACAACCGUCUCGGAGUCCAGUACUACACCGGGGAGCAGCACUUCACAAACAAUGUUCGUACCAUUGCCAUCAAUUUGGCUUGUAUUGCCGGAGUUCAGAGCUGUUUGGACGACAGUUUGGACAAGCUUAAGGGACUCGUACACAAGGGUACCGAAAUCGAACCAAACCUUCAAGCUGUAAUUUACUGUAACGGUCUUAAGAACGCUGGUGAUUCAGAAUUUGAGUACGUUUACAAACGAUUAAUGACUUCUGUGGAUCAAGCUGAAAGGAAGACUCUUAUUUCAUCUCUGGGUUGCUCUCACAACUCGACCCUCUUGAAGAAAUUUGUCGAAAGUUCAAUUAGUAAGUCGGACGAUGUUACGCUGAGAGUGCAGGAACGAAUUACAUUGCUCAGUUCAGCCUAUUCACGUGGAGAAGUCGGGCUAUUUGCUUGCAUUGAUUUCCUAACUGAAAACUACGAGGAAUACGCCGAUCUUACCAGCGGUUUUGGUGGCUCCAAUCCUCUUGAUUCUGAUAUCAGGGGAAUGUCUAGCUAUGUUGUCAAUAAGAACCAAGAAGCCAGGCUCCUUGCUUUGGUCAACAAGGUUAAGAACCACCCCGAUGUAUCAAAGAAUCUGGAAUCCUCAGUCCAGGCCAAUAUUAAGGCUAACUCCGAUUGGCUUGACUCAAAUCGUGAUCCUGUGAUGAAAUGGGUCGUUGAGCAUUACAAAAGCUCAGCAGGCAGUAUAUUCGGAUCAAUUAUUCCGGCCAUUAUUGCCAUGUGUUAUGUAAUAGUUAGACUUUUUUAGAUUAAAUAUUUAAGUUGUUUUUUUUUUCUAAUUUUAAGAAUAUCAGUGAUUCUGAUUAAUAAAUGAAAGUAUUUUGCAAUCGCACUUUGAAUAGGAAAAAUUGUCAA